AUGUGAUUUGUGAAGGCUGCCUGGUCAUCCCACAGCUAUCACACAAGAACUCACUCUAAUAUUACUUUACAGCACCACUUUUAUGGCAAAAAGGGGACUUUCACUGGACACUCCCCUAAAACCUUGGACGUGAAUGUCUGCGUCUCUGAUUGGUUGUGAAGCUCUGACCGACAACACCUGCUUAACUCCUUCAUCCAAAUUGACACCCGGGGCUCCGAGGAAUAUAGGCAGCAUCUCUUCCAGCUCAUGCGUUCAGUCCUACAGCUGCCCCCCCUAAGACACCGAGCCGCAGCUGCGCUGAUCACUGGUCCAAGGUGAACCCCCUCACGCGCUGCUGGAUCUUUACUGGGAAUCGAGGCGCCCCGUCGGAGACGCAAUGCUGGUCAAACUGGCCGUGGCGCUGCUCGUUUUGUCAGUGCUGGAGCAAGCGGUGCGAUCGGAUAAUCUCGACAUUCACGACAGCCCACCGGAGAAGCCUGCGAGCCAGAAAGGGCGCCUCUCCCUGCAGAACACAGCUGAGAUUCAGCACUGCCUGGUGAGUGCAGGCGAUGUCGGCUGUGGUGUGUUUGAGUGCUUUGAGAAUAACUCCUGCGAGAUUCGAGGGCUACAGGAAAUCUGCAUGACGUUCCUGCACAACGCUGGCAAAUUUGACUCUCAGGGGAAGUCGUUCAUCAAGGAUGCCCUGAAGUGCAUGGCUCAUGGGCUGCGGCACAAGUUCAGCUGCAUCAGCAGGAAGUGCGUGUCCAUCAAAGAGAUGGUGUUCCAGCUCCAGAGGGAGUGCUAUCUCAAGCACAACUUGUGCUCCGCUGCAAAGGAUAACGUGGCCGUCAUGGUGGAGAUGAUCCACUUCCAGGACCUCUUCCCUAAAGGUCCAUAUGUGGAGUUGGUGAACAUCCUCCUGAGCUGUGGAGAGGAGGUGAAGGAGGCGCUGACGCGCAGCGUGCGCCUCCAGUGCGAGCAGAACUGGGGGGCUCUGUGCGACAGCCUGAGCCUCUGCUCCUCCCUCGCGCCGUCCUCCGCCGGCUCUGCGGCCGAGCACCACCGCCGCCCGCCGCCCGCCCACCCCGAGCCGGAGCAGCCGCGCUCCACGCGGCAAGGAGACAGGGACAGAGCCGGCAAAGUGGCGGGCUUCGGGGGUCACCCACGCAACCGCGGCCAGGCGGCGCGGCGCCAGGGCCCGGAGGCCCGGCAGGCCGCCGAGCAGGAGGACCCCCAGGCCGCCGACAUCCGAAGGUGAAAGCGCAGGAGACUGUCCAGCUUUUAACCCCUUACACCUUUUUAAAAACCACACUUGCAGACUUAUGCAUACUUUUAUACAAUCACACACACACACACACACACACACACACACACACACACACACACACACACACACACACACACACACACACACACAAAUUCCCAGACAGUCUAAGCAGAAGGAAACAAGCCCCAACCUUUCCUGUCCUUAUUCCACCCUCUCCAGUCAUUCCAGCAGUUGGUAAACCUGCAGGGUUAUUGUGGUGUAGCAUUUACUGUUAUACCAGACAGUAGGCCAUGUUUUUUUUUUUUUGUUUUGUUUUAAAUUAAUAACUAUCAUCAUUAUUUUAACUGUUAGGACUAUUUUGGCUCUAAUAUAGCAUUUGUCAAGUCAUACGUACCGUAUGAUUUGAUUAUAUUUGUAUUAUUUAUUUUAUUCUUUAUGCAAUGUUGAAAUAUCAAAAUGUACAUAGAAAUAUACUUAUCUAUAUUUAUAUAAACAUGUAUAAAUAUAGUUACAAUAUGCAAUACUGACAUACAACAUGGUGUGUUUUCCGUUGUGCUCUUGACAGUAUUGCACCCAUCACACAUCGGUCUGUAGAUAUGUAACAUACACUACUUGUUGAUUCAAAGUGGGAAUGUGUAUUAUAAUUAUAGAUACUUGAUGAUUAAAUACAAAUUGUACAGGUUUCAAGUCCAGCUCUGGCACAUAUGAAUUGUAGUGCAUGAUGGCCAAGAAGCCAACAAACUAGCGCAUUCUGACGGUGAAGAUCUAGGGGAUGCAAAUGUAAUACUAUGAACAUGGACAUUUUAUUUCUAACAUGUAUGUAUUGAUAAGUCUCGAUAAAGCUAGAAACUAAGACGGCGAAGAGCGGCCUGUGUCGUGGAGCUUUGCCGUCCAGGAAGCUCUAAAAUAGCGGACUCGUUUUAUGGACUCUUUGUUUCAUAAGUGUUAGCGUCACGUUGUUCAAUACGGCGUCGGCAACGUUACGGAUGAAUAUGUACGGUUUCAGGAGACAUCAGUGUUCUUGUUUCGCUGUCCUGUUCUACUGAGUGGACUUUUCCAUCUGUCACCUGUCGGUAAGCUGCGGUAACAAGAGUGAUUAAUCAGGUUUUGAUGUUGGGUCCUUUUCAAAUGUACAAAUCACACAUCAAGGUGCCUAAACAUGUUGUUGUCCACACUGACCGCUUAUCUGUGAAUGGCUGACACUUCGUCAUGGGUAGAUUAAACCUCAAGCUAUUUUACAGUGAUUUUGAGCCACAAAAGUCUUAGAUUUUGCACUUUGGAUGAUUGUCAGUUUGUGUUGGACUGCUGCAGGUUGACAAUAAGUCAAAGUUAUAUUAGUCAGACCUUACUGCAACACAGCGAGGCAGAGCUGGGUAUUGGAUUCUGAGCGAGCCUGGCUUUGUGACCCUUUCACAAUGAAAGCACCAUGAUUAAGUCUCUUCUUGAGAAGAGCUGUUAUAAUCUUGUCUGGUGUCCCAUUGGGCAGGAAAGAGACACGGCAAAACCCCAUCCACAUCUCUAGUUCCUCUAAAUUAUUCCCCUUUACUCCCUUACCUAGGUCAGGAGAGACACGAUGGCCUUUUUAUUCUACCUUUUAGCGCUGCGGGCGAUACAGCGAGGACCCAGGAACUGGGUUAAGUCCACACACAGGGGCUCUGGCACUGUUAUUCCAAAUGUUAUAUUUACCGAGGCCACCAGAGAAUUCCUCUGGGCCACAGCCAAGAGCCAGCAAGGCAGAGAGCAGUGGAGCAAGGAGGAGACAAACAUACCCACCCAUUUUUUUAUUUUUUAAUAUGAUGAUUAACUCUGUCUCCUGAUACUCCUGUUUCCUCCUGCUUUAAGGUCACGGACACAGGCUUUGACCAUUUCAGGCACACACAUCGUACACCACAUGCUGGGCAGCACCUGGUGCCAACCGGAGCGUGCUCAGAUUUUGUGGCUCAGCUUAAGAGAUUUGUUUCCUGAUGUUUUCACAGUGAGGCAGUGUUUGUCCUCGGUUUUAAGCUCCGUGGGUUGGAAGCAUCUUUGAGGCUUUUAUUUUUAUUUUUUUAUUCUGUUGGGAUUCUUGUGACGUCCCAGCCCGAGACAUAAGCUAACCCUAUUGAGAAUGUACUGUACGUGUGUAAAUCUGUUCUGCUCUGUCAUUACGUUUGAUAUGGCUUUUUUGUAAUAAUGUGUUUUGAAUGGGCUUUCCAUAUGUACUCAGAUUAAAAUGCAACUAACCAUGUUUCCUGUAUUGUUAGUGCUUUGUCACCACAUUCUGUGUCGGCAUGUGGAUUCUGCUUUAGCUGUUAAAUUUAGAAAACCUAGUCUAGAAGUUUGUAACUCACCUGUAAGCACAUGUUCUUAUAAAAUGCCUUCAGGCUCAUGAAGUCAGAUGUAUCCUGUCGUCAUUAAAGUUAUACUGUCAGUA